AUUCAGAAGAAGAAAAAAAGGGACUGGCAUUGUUAUACGAAAAAAAGGAUAUCGAGAUUCCGCGCUGGUACCGCUGUCACCUAUGUUUAUUCUCGAAAAACGACACACGCCCGACUAUGUCGCCCGAAUCGUUAAGAGCAUCUCGAUAAAAAUUACGUUGUUGCCAUAGUCGUAUUCAAAAUACCUCUAUUCCUCCCGCACCGAUAUACAUGCCAUAGUAUCAGCUGCGCGCGCAAGUUUGCUAGCUUCUUACCACCAGACUUCUGCGAAUUCCGUCGUCCAUUCUUUUCCGUCGCGUUAAACCUCCGACCCUUACAAUCGAACGGACAGCUGAAGUUCCAAUUAUGGCCGCUAGCCCGCAAGACGCCAAGGCUAAAUUUGCCGAUGGAAAGACUGCCAUUCAAUUUAAGGAUUUUGUUUCCCAGCCGGUAGCCGCCGCCUUUUGCGCCGGUGGUGUUGCUGGAGCGGUGUCCCGAACAGUUGUGUCACCCCUCGAACGUUUGAAGAUCCUCUUCCAGGUCCAAAGUGCCGGCCACAAUGAAUAUAAGCUAUCAAUUGGCAAGGCGCUGGGAAAGAUGUGGAAGGAAGAAGGUUGGAGAGGUUUCAUGGCCGGCAAUGGAACCAAUUGCAUUCGCAUCGUCCCUUACUCUGCAGUGCAGUUCGGCAGCUACAAUCUCUACAAACGCCACUUCUUUGAGAAGUAUCCGGGCGCCCCUCUGACUCCCUUCCAGAGACUGAUCUGUGGUGGGAUUGCUGGCAUCACCUCAGUCUUCUUCACAUACCCCCUCGAUAUCGUGCGAACUCGACUGUCCAUCCAAUCGGCAUCAUUCGCCGCGCUUGCCAAGACACCGAAAGAGAAGCUUCCGGGCAUGUGGACUACCAUGGGCAUCAUGUACAAACAAGAGGGGGGCAUACCUGCUCUAUACCGUGGCAUAAUACCUACCGUUGCGGGGGUAGCUCCAUACGUGGGGUUGAACUUCAUGACAUACGAAUUUGUGCGCAAGUAUCUAACUCCGGAGGGUGAUGAGAACCCCAGUGCGGCGCGUAAGCUGCUAGCAGGUGCCAUAUCUGGCGCUGUUGCUCAGACUUGCACAUAUCCAUUCGACGUGUUACGACGAAGAUUCCAAAUCAACACCAUGUCUGGCAUGGGCUAUAAGUAUAAGUCAAUAGGGGAUGCCGUCCGAAUAAUAUUAGCCAAGGAAGGACCACGGGGUUUAUACAAGGGCCUAAUCCCUAACCUACUCAAGGUAGCCCCCAGCAUGGCGGCGAACUGGCUCAGCUUCGAGAUGACUCGAGACUUUUUAGUCGCGCUGAAACCAGAGCCAAUAGUAUUGUAGCUGACGAAUGAAUUGGACCACAGCUGGAUAACAUAACCUCUUCUGGGUUGUAUCC